AUGUCAGCUGUCAAUGACACCAAAUCCAACUCUGAAGUGUUACUUCUCACCGGGAUAUCUGGGCUGAAAGACAUCCAUCUCUGGAUCUCUAUCUCUUUCUGUUUAAUGUACGUUAUUUCGAUAGUAGGAAAUUCAGUCAUUCUGUUCAUUAUAAAAACAGGUCCAAGCCUCCAUGAGCCCAUGUACAUUUUUCUUUCCAUGUUGGCCAUCACAGAUCUUGGCUUAUCAGUAACCACCAUGCCAACAAUAUUGGGCAUAUUCUUGUUUAAAUCUAGAGAGAUCAGCCUCGAUGCCUGUUUUGCUCAGCUCUUUUUCAUCCACUCGCUUUCAUACAUUGAAUCGUCUGUGCUCUUGUUGAUGGCCUUUGACCGCUUUGUCGCGAUCUGCAAUCCUUUAAGAUAUGCGUCCAUCUUAAACCCCCCCAAAAUUGCCAAGAUGGGACUGGUGUGUGUGCUAAGGGCAGUGGUCCUAAUAUUCCCACUCCCCUUUCUCCUGAAAAGGUUCCAAUACUGUCGAGCUAAUGUCCUCUCCCAUUCCUUCUGUGUGCACCAAGACGUCAUGAAGUUAGCUUGUUCAGAUAUCACAGUCAACAGCAUCUAUGGCUUGUCCAUUGCACUCUUAACAGUGGG